GGUAAUUUUUUUUAGUAUUUGAAAUAAUUAAUUAAGAGGAAAAAAACGCGAUAAUUUUUUAAAAGGAUCAAAUAGAUUUCUCUCUAAUUUUUAGCAAAGGAAGAUCAUUUAAAAGUUUAUUUGUUUAUCAUCAUCAAUUAAAAUUGUGAUUUUAUCUCAGUAAAAAUAAUAAUAAAGUUUCUCUCUCAUAUUUACGAUCAUAAUAUCCAUAAUAUUAUAAUACAUAAUAAUAAGAUCAAAGUAUAAUUUUCGUAAAAAAAAAAUAAUCUUUGUAUUACACUCGAAUCAAAAUAUACUCGAGGGAGGAACUCUUCCAAAUUCUUAGUUAUAGUUAUUUCCUUAGUUAUUAGCCAGUUUACCCAGUUUACUCAAGUUUUACCAAAUUUACCCAGUUUACUUAAAAAAAGAUGUCUGAUACAGAUUCAUGCCCACCAUCACCAACAGAAUCCUGCAUCGCUAUAUGCGUAGGUGCUACAGAUGAUAGCGAAGACGAAUGUCAUCAACAUAAUCAUAGUCGUAAAUCCGUACAAUUCUCAAGAUUUCUAGUAGUUCACGAAACUUGGUGUAACGAUGAAUACGAUCGUACUUCAAUGGAACCAGCAAGACUUAAUUUCAAAGAAUAUUCUGAAUUACUUCAAUUUCGAUGUGAUUUACGAAGAGAAAUGAAUAAAAUGAUGAAAGCUGCAGAAGCUAAUGGGUCCGCUUCUAAUCAACAAAAGUAACAAAAGUAAUAAUAAUGUUAAUCACUUCCAAUAUAUGGCAUAUAUGACAACAUAUCAUCAUUCUCCCCUCCCGAAUUUGGGACAGGAAAUUAGAUGGUCAUGUUAGGCCGGGAAAAAAAAGGCACAAAAAACAAAAAAAAUUGGACACACAUACAACAAUUUCACGGCUUUUUCUGGCCAUGAAUGAAAAAUUUUAUUCCCUUCGUUUCCAAUAUAAUCAACCGUCAUACCUUUCCUAGCUUCCUCCUACGUCAUUGUAUCGCGGCAAAAAAAACAACAAACAAUUCUCCUUCCAAACGCCAAAUGUUGGAUUUUAGUGAUUAAAAAAUAAAAAAGUAAAAAUUUUUUUUUUUUUUAGAAAAAAAUUUUUCUUCCACAUUUUCGGAUUAGUUUUGUGUACCUAACUAAGUACAUCAUUUUAAUAGAAAUAAUCGGUUUUUCCGAAAUCCUCAACUUUUUUUU